CAGCCAGCACUCUCAUCGUCGCGUUUCAACAUCAAUUUCGUAUGGAAUCGGUUUACCCGGGAGCAUAGAUGGACGCGGUCUGUCCAUCCACCUCUCUUCGCACCCCCCAGCGGGGCCGCAGUGCGUACCCGGCUCACCUUGCACGCACCGCUGAAGGUCCCCGUGUCCCACUUCAUCGCCGUGGCACCUCUCAGAAACUUGAGUGUUUUGAAGAUCUACUCCGUGAAGCUGGCUUCAAGGAGACCCGCGUGUUUACACCCGAAGUAGAGCGUGCAGAAGCUGCAGCAGAAGCGCGCCGAAAGCAAGCAGACGCGAGGAAAGAAAAGAGAGGGACUUGGUUAGAGAAGAAGGGUGCUGCAGGCCUCGUCGAUUUUCUGUCUGGCUUGGUUUCGUGGAGCGAUUCAGAAGAGCGCAAAGAUACUGCAGAAACGCGACAUGCGAAGACACAAAGCCUUGGGAGAGCAUCGGGAAAACAGAAGCAAAUUUUGCUUGACGAAGAAAAUGAAGACGCAGAAGGAACGAAUGACUGCUCUAAUGUGCUAGUGACUCCUACUCCGAACCGUCGAAGACCUUUCACUCCAAUCAUCAUUACCUCCAACUUCAAUUCACCCGGUUCAUCUGGCAGCGCCUCGUCUCGUUCGCCCCCGCAGAUGUAUCAAACCCGUUCUUCUCGCACCAAGUCUAAUCAACUUACGACCAAACAAUCCAAUCACUUUCGGCCUGAUGCACGCACGGCACUCCGCCACAUGAUUUCUUUGCCUGAUCUUCCACCAGAACGUGCGACUUUUCAUCCAUCACAGGCUCUUCCGCGUCGCGUAACAGAUUACGUGUCCAGUCGCUCUGGCUCGCUGCGCCAGAAGUCAAGUAGGAUGCGAUCUCACAAUUCGAAGGGGAAAUUGCGACCAGAAAAUGAAGCAGUACCUCCACUUCCGCAGAAUUGGCUCAGCGCAAUCGCCCAGGCUAUGACAUCGGGUUCGAGUGCACGUGCAGGGUCGUCAUCAGCACGUGCAGACUCUUCAUGCCAUACUAGGAACAAAACUCGAGACGGGGGCAUUGUACGUCGUGGCUUUGAGCCUCGCACUCCUCGAGGGGAUACAGUUCCAGGCGUUGUAACACCCGCGUCGGUAGUCUGCCGAUCAGCCCCAGGCUCACGUUCGUCUUCACUCGUGAGGAAGCCAAGCAAUAGCACACGUACGCGUAAACAUCGACAAGUUCAUGGACGAGAUGGAUGCCUGCCGAGCUUGGGCGUCACGAGCAUUCAGCUGACUGGUUCUGAAAGUGUAAACGAUGAGGACGAGGACCCUAAUGUCGAUUACUACAAAGCCCGUGCUUCGCUCGACACUACGGACGACAAUUAUGACAAUGAAUCAUCGGACGAUGGUGAACCAAAUUUUGCUCAAUUAAUCCUACCUGCACGUCGUCAGCAUUCCAUUCAAAGCCUUCGCCGUCAUCUUCAUAAUUACGCUGCCGCAUCUACCACCCCUGGGAGUCAGAGGCCUCCACCUUCAGCAUUUAUUAAUCGCAUUCCAAAAAGGAAUGAUUCUCAAAGUAGUUUCCGAGGUCGACCAACAAAGAGAUUCACGGCGGAUACUUUACGAUCUCAGUCGGACUUGUUCGACAAUUCUGACGAAUUUCCGCCCAGCCGACGCGUGAGCGCCGAUGAAGAUACAGAAGAUGGCGCAGUCGCUGAUUGGGCUGCUCAUGGUUUACCUGGUCUUGAAACCGCAGUGCGCAAGAAGCGUGGCGCACUUCCAUGGAACAACUCUUAGGAAAUUGGAACACUAUCAGUGCAGUUCCCUUACCUUUGAAAGGUAUACGAAGAUUGUCUUAGAGGUUCGAAAUGACGCUACUCAGACCUUCCCAAUGACGUACCAGACCAUCACAACUCUCGCUUUUAUUAUUUCCUCGGUAUUUCUCUUCGAUGCUAUCAAGUUCAUCUCUAUCUCAUAUAAUAUUGUAUUCCACACUCGUUCUUUUUAUCUCACUCUCAUGUGCCAUGUAGAUAAUAAGGCACACUGCAUACUAUAA